GAUAGGGAUUUCAUAAACGUUAUUUGUUGUGAUUUUGAUUACAUGGUUUUUUACCUGUUUUACCCUUAAUUAUGCUAAAAACCCGGGGAUUACUCCCUGGCAUCACCAGAUCCUACACCGCCAAGGCGAAGAGGAGCGUCCUGGCGCAGGACAAGUCAAAGAUCAAGGAGUACUCGCCUAAGACCACCGAUAACCAUGAGCACCGCGUUUACGUCUGGGGAUUCCAGGAAACGGGCGCUUUGGGCCUCCAAACGAACGUGAAAAAGGCCCAGGAACGCUACACGCAGAUGGUCCACCAUCCCACUAGGCUGCAGUUCUCCAAUAAUAACGAAAUAACCGAUGUAACCGCUGGUUACGGAUUCACUGCCUAUGCGGUUAAAAGAGAUGAUGGGGAAACCCUUUUUGGCUCUGGUUUGAACACCGAUUCCCAGCUGGGAUUCCAGGUGAAGGGAAACCCCAAGGACCCCGCCAACCUGGACGUAAUCAUCUAUCCCACGGCCAUCAAACUGCCCAGAAUCCAGGGGGAAUCGGAUGAGGACAUGCAGGUGAAGAGCCUCUCGGCGGGAAGGGCUCACCUAGUAGUCCUCACCCAAAACGGCACCAUCUUCACGCUGGGCAACAAUUCCUACGGCCAGUGCGGUCGCUCCAUCAUCGAGGAGGAGCGCUACAGCAAGAGUGCCUUGAUUCACCGCAUUCCACAGGAGGACAUCUGCGGGAGGGACGACGAAGUGGUUCAGGUGGAGUGCGGCCAGGAUCACAGCAUGUUCUUGACCAAAAACGGACGCAUUUACACCUGCGGCUGGGGCGCCGAUGGGCAGACGGGUCAGGGAAACUACCACACAGCUGGGCAAAUAACCCUCAUCGGCGGUGACAUCGAAAAGGAGAAGAUUGUGCGGCUCAGCUGCUCCUCGGACUGCGUUUUGGCCCUCAACGAGGCAGGUGAAGCCUUCGGGUGGGGCAACUCGGAAUACGGACAGCUGGACGACUCCGAGCACGCCGAGACCCAGAUAAACACUCCCAGAGCUUUAAAGUUAACUAAAGGAAUAGGAAAGAUAAAAGAUGUGGCUGCCGGCGGCUCCUUUUGCAUGGCUCUCAACGAUCAGGGUUUGGUCUACACCUGGGGCUAUGGCAUCCUGGGCUUUGGACCCUUCGUGGAGCAGACUUCCCGGCCACAGCAUCUUCUACCCCCGCUCUUCGGAAGAAAUGACUUCAGCAACGCCACCUCAGUGGUUUCCAUUGGAUGCGGCGUCUUUCACAUGGGCGCCGUCAACUCGGACGGAGAUCUCUUCAUGUGGGGCAAGAAUCGCUUUGGCCACUUGGGAUUGGGCCACAAGAAGGAUCAGUUCUUCCCCUUCAAGGCGGCCAUCAAUGGCAAGGUGACCAAGGUGGCCUACGGCGUGGAUCACACGAUUGCCCUGUGCAAGUCGUACUUUUAGUUUUAGAUUU